UUAUCAUGUGGAUGCUUUUCCUUUGGGCCCUUAGUGUUAUCGGUGAUAGUUGGUGUGUUUUAACUGAAGACGCGAGCACCAUCGAAUUUUUGGGCGAUCGUGUUGUCGCGAGAAACAAUGAGAAAAUCUCACAAUCGUACGGAAGAGGCAGCGGUAAUAAUUUAGGGGCGGAAUAUCCAGACGAUAGAAUAUCGGAGUAUAGCAGUCGAUGUUCGGAACGGUUGGAGAAUGCCCUGGAGAAAAUUCGACGCCGUGAACUGAGCAAACAGAAAUCAGUCAAAUUACACGGAUAUUCCCUACAUCACCAAAUGAGAUCUGCGCCUUACGACAUGUACGUAACCGAAAUGAGGGUGCGGAUACCAUCAACGGUUAGUUGGGUGAGAGUGGAUAAAUGUCGCUUUGAUCCGAGAAACUCAAGCUUGGAAACGCGUCUUUUAUUUAACGAUUUGACUAUCAGCGGUAAGGUAAAUCUAUUCAACGAUGGCGAAUUGCAAAGGGAACCCGUUAAUCCCAGCCCUGAGGAUUCCUGCAAUAUGAUACUUCGGCUUCGUCGAGCAGGAAUAGGAUUUAACACCGAACCAAUCCGUUCAGAAAGAGGGCAGUUUAAUGUACGAACGGAUUCCUACUUUGUGGAACCGGGAUUUAUUAGCGUUUACGCUUACGGAUGCGAGCCUCGCUUGAAACAGCACCGGAGGAGCUAUCGAGACGACGAUGAAGAAGAAGACGACAUAUCUAGGGAGAUGGAGGAUAUAUUUUUGAAGGGAAUUAGGUCGCUCCUAACCAAUUACAUGCAAAAAGAGUUACAGCCGGCCAUCAAAGAGACUCUUAUGACAAAUUUAGGAUACACUGUGUCGUAUGGAUGAAAAUUGUUUUGUCUUAGGUGUGAGACUUUUAAUUAAUUGGGGUGUUGUAUAUAAAAUGUGAAGUGCCUUCCUCCUGUAUCUAUAUGCCUCCUUAU